AUUAUCAUUCUUACUUCAAGCGCUUUAACGUUAGUAGUAACAUACAUAUAAAAUAACAUACAAAAUAAACAAAAUGUUUGCGAAAAUCUUUUUACUAACCGUACUUCUCGUUGGAGUCAGCUGCCGUCAUUUGUCAUUGCCGUACAGACCAGCAAGCUACAUAGAAGACAACACAGACUUAUUCGGAGAUGAUUUGGAAGAUUUGUAUUCGGAACAUGAAUUUGAAUCUGUACAUCCGUUGUACGUUAAUUCGAGGAUACGUCGUCAGGUACAUGGUGUUAUGAACACCAAUCCUGAUGGCACUUCCAAUAUCAUGGGCAAGCUACCCCUGGCUGGUAACGACCAAAAUGUUUUGAGUGCCAUCGGUGGUCUACAAGGUGUCAAGCCUGGUGGAAGCUUUGGUGCUGCAUCUGGUGGUGUGGCCUUAGACAAUGUUAACGGACAUGGCUUGAGUCUUACUGGAAAACAUAUUCCCGACUUCGGAAACCAGCUAACGGCAGCAGGAAAGGUUAAUCUCUUACACAACGACCACAAUGAUUUAUCCGCUAAUGCAUUCGCCACAAGAAACUUACCGAAGAAUCCUGUUAUACCAAACUUCAACACUGUUGGAGCCGGCGUUGAUUACACCUACAACAAUAAGUUUGGUGCAUCUCUAAGUGCAGCACACACCGAUCUCUUAAAACGCACCGACUAUUCAGCGUUGGGUAACGUCAACUUAUUCAGAAACCCCACUUCAACUUUGGACUUCAACGCUGGUGCCACUAAGUCUAUAUCACCAUACAUUCCCAACAGGUCUUGGCAACCUACUUUUGGACUGACUUACUCUAAAUAUUUUUAAUCCUUGAAGCACUCCUUACCUUUUAAUUAUUAUAAAAUCACCAAAGAAAUUAUGCUGUACUAUUUGAUUAGUAUUAUAUCAAUAGAUUUUAUUAACAGUACCUGGCAUGAAAUCAUUUUAUAUGUUGUUGCAUCUUUUUCGUCAUGAUUUUGUAAUUUUGCCAUUUUAGAGUUACUCGUAAAUUAAGUAUUAUAUGACUUUAAUUAAACAAAGAUUGGGGUA